AUGGCCCUGCUGAGCAUGGCCAGGAGCCGGCUGUAUUGGAAGACUGUGGGGCAACCAGAGGGCAUCAAGUUGGAACAGGAAAUGGACCGUCCUUUUGUGCACUGGAGCACCAUUCCUAUCAAGCACUUUCAGCCCAGCCUGCCCAGAUUGCGUAUUCCAAAACUGGAAGAUACUAUCAAUAGAUAUUUAGCUGCUCAGAAGCCACUAUUGAAUGAAGAAGAGGACAGAAAUAGUGAAAAAACUUGCUAG